AUGGCGGAGGAAGGCAGAAACGGAGACGGUGUAGACUCAAUCAGUUUACUACCUGAUGUGAUCCUCCAAACUAUCCUCUCCUCUCUUGAGACCGAUAUAGCCAUCAGAACUUCUAUCUUGUCCAAAAGAUGGAGGUAUGUAUGGUUCGGUACACCUAGCCUCCACUUAAAAUUGUAUAAGCAUGGGCCGGAAGGUGAUUCGUUCAUCAAAUUCAUAGAACGCUACACGGUUCGCAAGAUGUUGAAUUUCGAGCUGUGGGCCAACGUGAGAGACAAGAAUAGUCCUUACGUAAACAGAUGGAUCGAGUUCGCUAUGUCCCGAAACGUGGAGAAUAUGUCUUUGAUAGUUUCUAAGGUUCCUGAUUUCUUCUAUAUCAAUAACUCUAUCAGGCAAAUCAGUGUUGACGGUUCGUAUAGUGGUUUGAAAAUCCCCAGUUACGUGUCUUGGACAUCUUUGAAGAUGCUGUCCUUGAAUUAUUUCACGCUCUAUGACAAAUGCAUUGAUAAGAUUAUAUCUGGAUGUCCGGUUCUCGAAAGCUUAUCCCUGUCUUUUUGCAAUGAACUGAUGGUUCUUGAUCUUAGCAAAGCGUUGAGUCUGAGAACGUUAGAAAUCUACCGCAACACUUGGUUUCCGGGUCCGAAGCAGAUCGUUGCACCGCUUAUUCGUCAUCUCAGAUUGACAAACUCUCAGAUACCAUGUACUUUAGUUGAUGUCUCGUCUUUAAAUAAAGCUAGAGUAGACAUUUGCUUUUCUGGACCUGCAGAUCCGGAAGAUGAUUUUCUUCAAGUACAGAUGCUAGAGAAGUUGCAGAAUAUAGAAAAACUUACUUUCGGGGAAAACUUUCUUAAGAUUUUAUCUCUUGCCGAACUUCGUUGUGUUCCGUUUCCAAGCCUCAAGGUCAAAAAUUUGACACUUGUGACAAUGAUCUCUCAAUAUGUAAUCCCUGGUAUAGUUAGGAUGCUACAAAACUCACCUGAACUGAAGAAGCUAACAAUUAUACACACAAGUGAAUAUUACAGCGCCUUACCGGAGAGACGUAUUGACACCUACUUGGAUUUGAAAAGCUUGAAUUCGGAUCAGUGCUGGAGUGUGAAAGCGAGGGUCUUUGAGAACAUUAGAGAUUGUGAUAUAGAGUCGAAGCACGUGGCUUUGUUCAUGGAACUUAUGUUUAAAAACACAAAGACAUUAGAGAAGAUGGUCGUUUGGUUGGAAAGUUAUGAUCACGGUCGAAUUUCUGAAGAGUUGCUUGAGAUGGUUCCAGUGCUUUCUGAAAAUAAUAAUGUCACCAUAGUGAUCAGCUCAUCCGAGUCGAAUCUGAGGGAUUAG